AUGUUUUUGGGCCACCGGACUUCCAUCUCUACCGCAAUCGCGAGGUUCAAGACUCCAGCACAACAGCCCUUGUUCUCGAGACAUACGUCACCCCGCUUUCUCGAUCCCCGCGCCAGAGCAAUGUCCGCGACCACCUCUCGUGCUGACCCUUUUCGCCCGGCCAAACGGGUCGCUGGCCAAAGACAGGAUGUUUGGUCAAUCGUCAAUGAAGCCGCUGCGGCUUCCCCCGUUCAGCCUAUUGUGAAUAUGGGGCAGGGAUUCUUUGGCUAUAAUCCUCCUCAGUUUGCAAUUGAUGCCGCAAAGGAGGCUCUCGACAAAGUUGAAUGUAACCAGUACUCCCCGACCAAGGGUCGUCCUCGCCUCAAGCAAGCUAUUGCGGAUGCAUAUUCUCCAUCCUUCGGCCGAAAGCUCAACCCGGAUACCGAAGUUACGAUCACCACAGGUGCAAAUGAAGGAAUGCUAAGUGCUUUUAUGGGAUUCAUUGAACCUGGCGAUGAGGUUAUAAUCUUCGAACCUUUCUUUGACCAAUACAUCAGCAACAUCGAGAUGCCCGGUGGUACCAUUCGAUAUGUCCCCCUUCACCCUCCCAAGGAUGGAGCUACAAGGACCUCCCCAGCUUCGGAAUGGUCUAUAGACUUUGAAGAGUUGGAGAAGACUAUUAAUCCCAAGACUAGAAUGAUUGUUUUGAACUCGCCGAUCGCUACGCUAUCGCCUGAGCUCUACGAGCGCACUCUCACCGUGGGCUCGGCUGGUAAGGCCUUCUACGCUACUGGCUGGCGGGUUGGUUACCUCAUUGGCCCUGAGCAUCUGAUCAAGUACGUGGCUGGUGCACACACUCGAAUCUGCUACAGUAGCGUGUCUCCCCUCCAGGAAGCUGCAGCUGUUGCUUUUGAGCAAGCCGAUAAGGCUGGCUUCUGGGAUGAGAGUCGCACCGAAAUGAAGAAGAAGAUGGAGCGCUUCUGUGAGAUAUUUGACGAGCUUAACAUUCCGUACUCUGACCCUGAGGGUGGCUACUUUGUUCUCGCAAACAUGUCUUCAGUGAAGCUACCGGAAGAUUACCCUUUCCCUCCUCAUGUCGCAAGCCGUCCCCGCGACUUCAAGCUUUGCUGGUUCCUCAUCCAUGAGGUUGGCGUUGCGGCCAUUCCUCCAACCGAGUUCUACACUGACGCCAAUGCCCAUAUUGCGGAGGAUUAUCUCCGGUUUGCUGUAUGCAAAAAUGAUGAUGUUUUGGAGACCGCCAAGGAGAGACUGCGCGGCUUGAAGAAGUAUAUUGUACAGUGA